AUGUCAGGAUCCCCGACGAUUCUCUCAUUUAUUGCAUACUCACAGAAGCAUGCAGUCAAUCCUGCUAACUCGGCUACCCGGACUCGUGCUUCUAUCACCACCACCAAAGGUUCUGCUUUUCAUACGUCCUUUCAAAAAUCUGCAUGGAUUAUUGACUCGGGUGCUACAAAUCACAUGACAUUUGAUCCUGGCCAACUUAUUAGUCGCAAAUCAUCCACUUCGUCGAUGGUGUCUAAUGUUAAUGGUACCCCUUCCCCUGUGGUUAGGGACCGCUCUCUAUCACUCUCUACUUCCCUACAUCUGGAUUCUGUUUUACUUGUUCCAUCUUUAGACCAUAAUUUUUUGUCUGUUGCACAACUUACUACUACUAUGGGGUGUACUGUAACAUUUUGGUCAAAUCACUGUGUUUUUCAAGACAUCCUUACGGGAAAGACGAUUGGUUGUGGUACUCAGCAGGGCAAACUCUACUACUUGGACUGGCCACUGGAUAGUGAGACCAAGAUUUGUCAAGCUUUCACAACGAGUGGAACUCGUUUUGAGACGGAGAGAGACAAAGUUUAG